ACUCCAUCUCAUUUCACUUGGUACCGGGUGGUUGUCUCUCAGUCGGUGACCCUGAAACGAGCGAAACCAGUUGGUGGUCCGAUCCUCGAGAAGAACUGCAGCAACGAGAUCGAAAGUUGCUCCAGCAAGAAGAACGACCCCAGUGAAUUCAAAUAUAUUAUUGUUUCGCGUGAUUGACCGAACACUUGAGAUCGCCAACAAAAGCAUCCAAAAUGGCUCUCUCGACCAGCGCAAAUUUUAUAAAAUACUUACUCUUUCUCUUCAACUUCUUCUUUGUGAUCACGGGCGUUAUCAUUAUGUCGGUUGGUCUAACCGUGCAAGGAGCAUACCAUGGUUUUCGGGAUAUUCUAGAUGCCAAGUUCUUCAGCAUUCCCACCUUCCUGGUGGUGAUCGGUUCGUUCAUCUUCGUCAUCGCCUUCUUUGGUUGCUGUGGGGCGUACAAGGAAAACUACUGCAUGACACUGACGUUCUCGAUCCUACUGAUUCUGAUCUUUAUCCUUGAACUGGCGGCUGGCAUCAGCGGAUAUGUGCUACGCAAUGACACACGUGAGCUUGUUACCAACGCACUCAACGGUUCGAUGACGCAGUAUGGUGAUCCAAACCAUGGCGAUAUUACGCUGAUUUGGGAUGAGAUACAAGUGGAUUUCGAUUGCUGUGGUGUGGAAAAUAGUACAGACUGGGCACGUGCAAACCCAAAAAUGUUUAACCAAACAUACAUCCCGAUGACCUGUUGCCGUCCACAGACUGGUGCUGUCGGAAUGGUAUCUUGUCCGGAUAGGGAAGAAAAUACAUUGAGGAAGACCGGUUGUGUGCAUUCGUUCGGUGACUUUGUCAAGGCUCACGCAGUAAGCCUAGGCGCGGCUGGUAUCGCUCUCGCAGUCAUUCAGUUCUUUGGAAUAAUGUUUGCUUGCUAUUUGGCCAAGCAAAUCAAACUACAGAGACUAGGUGUGACAAGCUAUUGAUGUGCGACUUGAUCUGUGAAGUCGGUCGCUACUGUGGAGGUAUUUACCAUCAUCCUUAGCAGGCGUAGCUGUGUAACUUAGUCACGAUAAAGAACAAUAAAAGCUUCAAUUACACCUUAUUUACUGCCAUCCAACUGAG